AUGGAGAGAACACAAAAUAGUGAGGAUUACAGGCAAGAGAUUGAAAACACAACAAAUAUAAGAAAAAGAAAGGGAAGGAAUCAGUCGGACGACCCAAACUCUAUAGAAUACUCAGAUAGAUACGAUGAGUGGAGGAAAGAAGAUCCAAAUAUGCUGCCAUUCAAUAUCCUAGCUAAAUGUGCAGCAAAAGAGCUCAAAUACUUAGUGGGAAAAUCUCCUAGAAGAGAGCACAGUUCUGAAAGCCUGGUAACAACCUCUGACGACGAAAGCGAUAUUGGGGACAUAGAGUUUCCGUAUUCUUUCUCUGGUGACAGAAAGGUCUACAAGUGUACCUUCGAUGGGUGCAAAAAAGAGUUUCCUUCUCUCAGCAGAAUGCGAAGACAUUAUAUAAUACAUACUGGCGCAAAGCCUUUUAAAUGUUUGAAUGCAAAGUGCACGAAAUCGUUCUCUAGGAGAGACAAUAUGAUACAGCACUAUAAGGGUCACUGUGUACAUACAAAGAUAUAG